GUAGAAAUUCACCACUACCUCGUAUUCCACGUCAGUUGUGUUGGCUAUGACAUUUUAGUCGAUUUUCUUCUUUUCACCGUCAACAAGAAAGAGAUUCAAUUGAACGACUGUAACAUAACAGAUCAAACUCAAUUUUAGUGUGUGCUUCGAUCUAUCAAAACUUCAAUUAAAAAUGAAAUAUUUGUGGUUAAUAACACUGCUAGUGCUUCCAGCUCUAUUAUGUACAUUCGGAAAUGGAAACAAACUGAUGACCUUUGCUGCUGAAGAUGAAAUCGAUGAAGAGCUCGUAGAUGUUGAAAAUGAGGACGCACCACUUGUCGGUGAAGAUGUCGAUGUGGAAGAAGAAGCGGAAGUGACAACGUCCCCAGACGCCAACACUUUCCUACUGUUCACCAAACCCUUGUACACACCGGGCGUUGCACUCGAACUUCCAGCUGGCAAUCCAGUCGAAUUCCUCGUUGGUUUCUUGAACAACGGCAUGGAUGACUUUGUUGUCGAAAGUGUCGAAGCCUCGUUCAGAUAUCCAAUGGACUUCAACUACUACAUUCAAAAUUUCUCCGCCAUCCCGUACAACCGUGAAAUCAAGCCCGGACACGAAGCAACCGUUUCUUACUCAUUCAUUCCAUCCGAAUCGUUCGCUGGCCGCCCAUUUGGAUUGAAUAUUGCGCUGAACUAUCGUGACAUCAAUGGAUUCCAAUUCACCGAAGCUGUGUUCAACGAAACCGUUCAAAUUACCGAAAUUGACGAAGGAUUGGACGGAGAAACAUUCUUCCUGUACGUCUUUUUGGCUGCCGUUGCCGUGCUACUGUUGGUUGUUGGACAACAAUUUUUGGUCGGUUCCGUUGGUAAGAGAAAGCGUGCCCAAGUUUCGCGCAAAACUAUCGAAACUGGUACGACAAACUCGACCGAUGUGGAUUACGAAUGGUUGCCACAGGAGACAUUGAAGGCAUUACAAAAAGCAUCGCCAAAUUCAAAAUCACCAAAAAAUUCGCCCAAUGCUAAAAUCUCAUCGAAGCAAAGCCCGAAAGCACAAGGACAGAGCCCACGGCAACGCAAAGCCAAAGCUGGUUCUCAUGAUUAAAUUCUCGGCAUUCGGUUAACGUAAUGUUGGGAGUUUUUUUUUGUUUUUCUUUUUUUGUGUUAUAUUUAACAUCCUUUUUCGAAGCGAUGGGUAUUCGUCAACUAUUCCAUUGCGCACGCCAUAUGUCUAAAGCACACGCUUUCGGCAUAUUAAUUACUCAUAUUGUCAGAUUGUUUGAUUUUAUUUUUAUAAUCUAGAAUCAAUCGCGUCAUUUCGUUUCAUUUAAGAUUUAAGUCGGAUAGAUGAAGAAACAAAACAAAAGAAAACCAUCAGUGAUGAAUGAGAAGAGACUUUUUUCUAUUUAUUUGACCGUUAAAGUAAAGUGUUUUCAUGGCUUUUCGUUAGACUAUAAGGACUUUAGUUUUUCAGUUAAAAUAAAAACAACAAAAUCAUUUUUUUUGUACUGUUGGUUCAAUCCGUUCCAUUUGUAAACGGGUACACCAUAUUGAGGAGCAAUAAAUUGUACAGGUUAACAUUUUG